AUGUCUAAACGUAAAACUGGCACCGCGGUAUGGGACGAAGUAGCGUCGAGCAGCCAAUCGUGGGUUGAGGACGGGUGGAAGAGGGCGAGGAAUCUCGUAAAAAGCGGUGGAUUUUCUCCCGUCAACGUCCAACGUAAAUCAACGGAGCGAUUGGACAUCGUCGAGAACAACUCUUGGAACAUGCGGCGACGUUGUGACACCCUAUAUACCCGAGCCGCAAGAAGAGGACCCAUCGACUUAGCCCACAUGGACGGGUCUUUCGGUAAUCCUAGGCGGCCUGGCCUUGAGGCAGCCCCUGUUGCCCUCGUGACCCAAGCUUCCACUGGCUCAGAACCCGCAGCACGGCUCUCGGAUUUGACAGGUUCGACCAAUGGCCAUGUCGAUAGUCAAGAUGUAAAGGGGGAGGCGAAAGCCCAACGAAGGACUUCCAAACGACCGUAUGUGAUGACAGGGUCCAUUUCUAGCCCGCCUGGUGACGGUAUUUGGUGA